CAACUCUGUGUCGCAAUUCUGAUUCUACAGCGACAUCUUCUUGCAGAGAGGGGGACCUGCAUCCUGGUGGUUUCACUGCUCUUUAUGUUGAACGGUUGAGCUCUCGCCAAGGGGGUCUGCUGACGGAGGGGACGAGUGUGAACACAGCCCUGCUGCAGACAACAGGAUGGACUCGAGUGGGAGACCCUCGACUGCACAGAUCGUGGUUUUAGCCACCAGCUCCGCCCUGACUGCACUCUUCUACUCCAUUUACAGGAGCAGAGUCACGACAGUUGCCAGAUUAAAGGAAGCCAAGAAAGUAUCCAUUGACCAGGAUUUGAAAAACAUCCUGUCUGAAACCCCUGGAAGAUGCGUCCCAUAUGCUGUCAUAGAAGGCGUGGUGAGAAAUGUGAAGGAAACUCUGAGCAGCCAGUUUGUUGAUAACUGCAAAGGCGUCAUUGAGAGACUGACGCUGAAGGAGGAGAAGAUGGUGUGGAAUCGCACCACUCACCUAUGGAACAGCACAGAAAAAGUCAUCCACCAGCGCACCAACACGGUUCCUUUUUCCCUUGGGUCUCAUGAUGAAGAUAUCGCUGCCACAGUCCGGGUUAUACGCCCACUAGACGCUGCGGAGUUGGACCUGGAGACCACCUACGAGAACUUCCACCCCACAGUACAGUCCCUGUCCAAUGUCAUCGGCCACUUCAUCAGCGGGGAACGACCCAAGGGCAUCCACGAAACCGAGGAGAUGCUGCGGUUGGGAGACAGCGUCACAGGGGUUGGUGAGCUGGUCCUGGAUAACAACCUGAUCAAGCUCCAACCUCCCAAACAGGACUUCCGUUAUUUCCUUACCCGGCUGGACUACGAGUCUCUCCUGAAGAAGCAGGGGAAUAGCGUCAGACUGUGGAGGAUUCUGACUCUCGUCUUCGGCGUCGCUGCCUGUUCCACGCUCCUCUUCAUCCUGUGGAAGCGAUACGAGCACCGCCGACAGAGUAAGAAGGAGAGGAGCAUGCUCGAGGAGUUCAAGGAGCAGCAGAAGAAACGUAUGCGUGAACUUAACAUAGAGGAAAGCAGCGUGUCGCCCACCAGCUGUACUGUCUGCCUCAGCCAGGAACGCUCCAUCGUGUUCCUGGAGUGUGGCCACGUUUGUUCCUGUGCUCAGUGCUACGACGCCCUGCCCGAGCCAAAGAAAUGCCCCAUCUGCAGGGCAACCAUAGACAGGGUGGUGCCUCUCUACAACAGCUAAUUUGGGCAGUAGCAAAGAGAGAUGCGUGGAAAAGGCUACUUAGCAUUUUACAGUCAGGGUAACACUGGAAAUGUGACUUUCAGAAGCUUUGGUCUCAGACUUGAAAAGGUUCAUUAUCUGUACUUUUUAUUUCCCUUUUUCUUUUUCUUUUUUUUGCUGAUGCUCAUCCUGUUAGACAAAUAACAGGUAUCUGUAUGCCGACUCCUGAUGCAGUCACGUUUCCCCUCUGAUGUGCAAAUCAAAUUUGGAAACUGUAAUUCAUCUUGAUAGCGGAAAUGGAAUCCCCUCUUUCAUCUUGAUAAAGAACAUUAAAUUCCUGCUUUCAUCCAGAUACAAUGAGAUAUUUUUCUUACUCAGACACGCACAAUUAUUGAUCAGACAAGUCUCGGCUCUGUUUUCCCGACAAGGAUCAAUCUGAGAAUUUCAGAGCCUUUUCGUUUUUAAAUUUUUAUAUGCUUUUCCCAAAGCUGCACUCAAGAGAGAGGGCGCACGCAUCUAAGAGCUUCUGCAUACACUUUAAAGUAAUUUGGCAUAUUUAACUCUGUGUAAGCCUUUGCAAUAAAUUAAAAAAAACAAACUUUUAAUUUAGCGUAAAUGUCAUUAACAACACAAUAGAAAUGCUUUACUCUUUCAGUAUGAAAACUAAUCUAAAUGUGCAUCUUAAGAAGGUAUUAAACCUGGAAUUGUGACAACAUACACACCAGAAAAGAAAAAGGUAUGACAAACUAAAAACAUAACAAAAAAAGUGGCAUUGCAGCCAAUAGAGGGAUAAUCGCAGUGAGACGCUCUGAGGCUUCAACAAGUGGGUGGGAGGCACUCGAUGGUGGAAGAAGCACUUUGAUUCUUUACUUAAGUAAAGGCACUAAUAUGUAAAAUGGGACGCAAGAUAAAUCUGAGGGGUCAUUAGAGGAUUAAUGGGAGAGAAAAGGAGAACAACCGAGUUCUGUUACAUAAAUUUAGAUUCAUUUUUUUUAUGAUAUGCUUUAUUUUUCAAGAAACAUUGGAUCAUUUGAUCUCUCUGGGCCUCAAACGGUUAUUUAAACGCUACCAUCUCAGAAGCUCAGAGGGGAAAUCAUGGUUUGGUGGAACUGCUAACGGCAUCUGGAAAUAUGACAAGGGGGCUCCAAACAGCAGUGCCUUUGUGUAAGAGGUAACCAAACCAAAUGGGUUUGGAAAUGCUGAUUGCAAUGCGUUUUAUAAGCUCAUCGCGUGUUUUAUCUACUGUAAAAUCAUAAGUGUAAAGUAAGUAGUAAAUUAAGCGGUCACAUAAAUGUAGUGCCUCUGAAAUGCAGUGGAGUAGGAGCAUAGAGUAACAUAUAACUGAAGUACUCAAGUAGAUUACAAGUACCUCAAAACUGAACUUAAGUAAAGCAUCUGAGCUAAUUAGCUUAGUUACUUUUCCCCCACUGGAGGCAUUCUUCAGUGCACGAUCAUGUCAAGUUACGAAGCCUUCGGGAAACGCCUGACAAGCUUGAGAAUGGUCCCAAAAUGGACUCCACGAUCUUCAUAGCCUUAAGAUACUUUGGUGAAACAUAUCUUGUUUCUCGGUCUCUACAUUUGAUUUGGAAGUGUGAACAGAUCUUCCUUUCAGCGGCUCAUGUUGGGAUUUAGCUUUGGUAAGGCCUUGGGGUUCAUUUAUGGUUGCGUGUUGUCCAGCGGUGUGCAGACGAGGUAGGGGAAAGGUUGCAGCUCACGCUGGAAAUUUCUGCGUAAGAGUUGGAAAGGUGAGGUGAGGUGAGGUGAGGGUAAUUGCACAAGCCUCUGCCAGGAUGUGUCCUCGCUCUGGAGAGAGGGAGCAAGCUGACCCCUGUCCUAUGGGGGGUUUUUUUUGUUUUCCUCCGGGUGCCUGCCAGUGAAGACGUGCGGCAGGUGCUCAUGCGCCGCAGACGUCCAGCCGCAGUACACGCACCAAGUGGCAUCACAACCCGUUAAAGAGAACUGCACCGCAGCCACUGCUCUGCCUGGGGCUUUGCCAAAAGAAAAAGCCACUCGCUCUCUGUUGUACAACUGAAACCUCAUUAAAGACAAAUCCAAUGUAGCCCAGAAAUCUGAGAUACUUUAAUAAAGUCACAGCCAUCGUGAUAGACGAAGAGAAAUCUGCUAGAAGAAGACGGAGAUUUCUGCCAGGAGAGGGGGAUGUCUGCCUUUGAGGAGCAUCAGGGAUUCGGGAUUUAGAAUCACGGAGCCGGAAUAGACAUAAAAAUGCAAUGCCACAUGCUCCCUCAGUGCAACCAGCUGUUUUGACACCUGUGUAUGUAUUAAUUCAUUUCAAACUGCCUUGUGCGUUGAAAUAUAUAAGAACAAAAAAUAAGUAAUAAAUGUCAUUAAUCCAAGUGCGAUUUAUAAGUGCAUGACCCUGUAUGUACGAGAUACUCAGUUUGACUUUGUUUCUGUGGCGUGAAAUGAAAUAGUUGAUGUUUCAAGUGCCUGUCCCGCUGUCAUCCAGCCACAUUGUUUUCAUUUUGACACGUAAAACCUUCAUUUUGCCCUUUAUUUAUUUAUUUAUUUAAUUAAUUUCGAAAAUGCAUGAUCAUUCAAGCACAUUUUUGGUCAGACAAUUGAAAAGCAAGGCAUGGGGACAGACUAGAGGCAGGAGGAAAAUGCUUCAGCACGAUCCAAUUUUAGGCCAACAGAGAGGCAUGUCUAUCUACAUCGACUCAGGGCGUUUUGAGCACAGAAGAACGCCCUUUGUACUUACAAAUGAAUCUGUAUUAUUCAAAUAAAAAAUCCCAUUUUA